UUUCUAGGCCAACAAGUCCGAUAUCGAUGCACUCGAUAGCCUAACCUCAAACCGACAAUAGUGGCCAAUAAAAGAUGUAACGUUUAAUAAUUUUUUUAUUCAACCUAAUUUAGCAGUUUAGUCAGACAAAAUCGUUAGAAUGUCGGGUGUUUUGAUCCAGUUCGUGAACUGCAAGGUUUUGCGUCAGCACAAAUUCAUCAAUGAAGAUCUAUGGGUGAGGGAUGGGACGGUCAUCGACCCCGAAAAGAUUUUUUUCGACGAGCAAAUCCAGGCAGAUAAGAAAAUUGAUUGCGGCGGUGAUUUUAUCGUACCCGGAUUUAUUGAACUGCAGAUCAAUGGCGGAUGGGGCCACGAUUUCUCCAUGGGCGACACCGAGGAGGCCUUGCGAGUCGUUUCGAAAGAAUUAUUGGCACACGGUGUAACUUCAUAUUGUCCGACGGUUGUGACGUCGCCCCCGUCCAUCUACCAUAAAGUUUUACCCCUCAUUAAGAAAAGAAAGGGUGGUAAACAUGGCGCAGCUAUUUUGGGGGCCCACGUGGAAGGGCCGUUUAUUAAUAAGGAGAAGAAAGGGGCUCAUCCUCCGCAGCACAUUAUACCGUUUGAUAAAGGGAUUGACUCGUUGGAGGAGGUUUAUGGUAGUUUGGAGAAUGUUUGUAUAGUAACUUUGGCCCCGGAACAUGAAAAAUCGGAUGAAGUUAUUAAGAAACUGGUUAAAAAGGGCGUCGUUGUGUCUCUUGGUCAUUCCAUGGCAAAUCUGAGCGAUGGAGAAGUCGCUGUGAACAAUGGGGCCACGCUCGUAACGCACUUAUUCAAUGCCAUGUUGCCAUUCCAUCACCGCGAUCCUGGAUUGGUAGGAUUAUUGUCUAGUAAAAAUAUUAGUGGGCACAUUUUCUAUGGCAUAAUUGCAGACAAUAUUCACACACAUCCAGCUGCACAAAGAAUUGCUUACAGGGUGUGUCCAGAAGGUCUUGUCUUGGUGACAGACGCAAUUUCAGCUUUGGGCUUGGAAGAAGGUGAACACACAAUAGGUCAACUGAAGCUGGAAGUCAGGAACAAAAGGGCUUUUAUAGCUGGAACUGACACACUGUGCGGAAGUAUUGCCUCCAUGAUUGAGUGCAUUAAAUUCUUCAUUGAAGCUACUGGCUGCAGUUACGAAUACGCAUUUGAGGCGGCCAGUUUGCAUCCAGCCAAAGCGUUGAAAAUUGAAGGGAAAAAAGGGACGUUAAAUUAUAAUGCAGAUGCUGAUUUUGUAAUUCUAGAUUCUAAAUUGAACCUUAAAUCAACUUGGAUUGGUGGCGAAUGCGUCUAUUCAAGUUCCCACUAGAUUAUACGUUUCUAAACCGUUAUUUUUGUAUACGCCGGUUUUAAUUUUAUUGGAAAAGGUUUCAAAUAAAAUAUAUAUGAUGAGUUUA